AUGGCACGGCCCGGACCGCUUCCCGUCGGCUGGCGCAUCCUCAAGCGCUCGUGGCGCGGCUGCUAUGAGCGGGCGCUUGUGGUGGUCGACGGCUGGCUGCUCACCCUCGAGCCUGCGUCGGGCCGGACGACAAAUACGUGGCCGCUGGCCGACGUGCUUGGCGUCGAACGGCGCGGCGCCGCGGACGUCGCCCUCCGCCUCGCCGGCCCGUGUGGCGCCGCCGGCUGGGGCGAGAGGCCGGGCGAAGCCUCGCGCCAGCCAGAUGGCGCUUCCGCCUCUGGCGCCUCGGACAGCCACUCGAUCGGCUCCGACAGCGGCUCGCACGCCCCGCCGGCCGACUCGGAUGCCGACGUCGCGAUCCCCCUCGAGCGGCCGGUCUCGUUUGAGACGGCGUCGGGGCAUGGCGAGGCGGCGUCCCCGCGGCUGGGCGUGCUGCCCGACUCCGACUUGGGCGCGUGCGAGGUGCGGCUGAGCGAGGUCGCGUCGGGGCCGAUCAAGUACGACUUGCCCGUCCUCGACGCUGCCGGCGCGCCGCGUGGCCGGCUCGUCUUCACGGUUCGGAUGAUCCAAAAGUGCGUGCUCGCCGUGACGGUGCCGUGGGCGAAAGCGACGAUGCGCUCGCUGCAGCGGCACACCUCGGUCGCGUCUCAGGAGGCCGCGCACCGCGAGCGGGCCUUCUCGCUCUCGGCGGCCCUCGCCAUGGAGAGCGACGCGUGCGAGCCUCAGGGCUCAUCAGCAGUCAGCUCGCUGCGGCUCCUCGACGGCGCCCAGGUCCAGAUCUCGUACGACACGUCGCCGCUGCCGCACCGGCCCGCCAUCGAGGCGGAGGCGUCCGCCGCCGCCUUCGCCCAGGAGUCGCUCCAUCUCGUCGUGCGCGUCGCCGGCCGCCGCCAAGCCGCCAGUGGCGCCGCCGCCGCCGCGCCGCUCUCGCCGAGCCUCGCCCCUCGCGGCGACCCGUCGUCCCACCUCCGCUCUCCGGGCUCGUACGCGGCUUCGGUGGGCGCCUCGUCCUCCUCCGCAUCCUCCGCCCUGAGCGGCGAAGGCGGCGGCGGGGGCGGGGGCGGGGAGAGGGAGGAGAGGCUGCGAGGCGAGGUGUGGCUGCCGAUCACAAAGGUGUACACGCCGGGCGACGAGCGGCGCGCGACCGCCGAGUUUGACGAAGUCCUGUGGAAGAACGGGCAGCGGGUGGGCCGCCUCGCCGGCUGCGUGGUUGUGCUCAACGGGCCGCGAGUCGUGCAGCUGGCGGGUGGCUUCUACACGGAGCAUGGCAUCUUGCCAGUCGGGCCGGUCGCUUUCGACUCGACUGCGGCGAGCGCCGCGCGGGGGAACGGCGCCGCCAAGGUCGAGCGUUCCCUCGAGUUGAACGGCGGCGAGUCCCUCGACGCCGAGGGAGGCGGCGGCGCGGACGGGAGGGACGGCGGCGGGGAUCAGUUCCGGCCGCCGCCGCGCGGGACCGACCUCCCUCGGCAGGUGGAGGCGCUGCUCGCGCUGACGCACGGGCUCAAGCAGGUGAUCCUCGAGCUGCACACUUCCGCCGCCGCCGGCCGCGCGACGGACGCGUACGGGGUCGGCCCCGCCACCGACGCGUACAGCGCGCAGCGGUCGCCCCUCGGCCCGCUCGCUGUGGGGAGGGAGCUCGAGCACGCGGCACCCCUCCUCCCGCCGGCCGCGGCGGUGGCCGCCUCCUCCCUUUGCGCCGUGUCGGCCGGCGACACUUCCGAGACACUACCGAGGCAUUCCCGAGACGUCGCCGAUCCGACCUCCGGCGCGGGCGGCGGCGGCGGCGGCGGCGGCGGCGGCGGCGGCGGCGGCAUCGGCGGCGAGGGAGGCGGGUGGCCGCCGGGCAGCGGCGAGAUGUGCGCCCGUCGGCUGGCGAUCCUCUGCUCUCGGCUGCAGCUGCUGCUCUGCUCCUCGCACAAGGAGUCGGUGCUCUCCUUCUUCUACCCGU